AUGUCCGUCUUGAUGAAGCCCGAGAAGGACUUCACCAAGGACGCCGACAAGCUCAUCCCGGAGGCCGAGGCCCUUGCAAAGACCGAUGUUCAGGGUGCGAUCGAUAAGCUGCUGGCCUUAGAGAAGCAAUCCCGACAGGCCUCCGAUCUCGCCACCACAUCCCGUCUUCUGAUCUCCAUUGUCACCAUCAGCAAGGAGUCCGGCGACUGGGCCCUGCUCAACGACCAAGUGCUCCUCCUUUCCAAGAAACAUGCCCAGCUCAAGCAGGCCACAACGAGGAUGGUGCAGCAGGUGAUGAAGUUCCUGGAUGACACCCCCAAUCUGGAUGUCAAGCUCUCCGUCAUUGAGACACUACGAACAGUGACCGAAGGAAAGAUCUUCGUCGAAGUCGAGCGAGCCCGCGUUACACGCAUUCUUUCGAAUAUCAAGAAGUCACAAGGCGAUCUCGAAGCCGCUGCAGAAACUCUGUGCGAGCUGCAGGUGGAGACCUUCGGGUCGAUGACCCGACGUGAGAAGACCGAGUUCAUCCUGGAGCAGGUCUCUUUGUGCAUCGAGCGUGGCGACUGGACCCAGGCCUCGAUCCUCAUCCGCAAGAUCAACAAGCGUUAUUUCAACCGCAAACCGAAGAAGUCCGCCGAGGAGAUCGAGAAACUCAAGAAGCAGGCGGAGGAGCAAGAGUUAACCCGGGGACCGGAUGAAGCCCCAAUGGAGGUGGAUGACGAUGUGACCGACCUCAAGCUCCGCUUCUACGACCAACAGAUCACUCUCUCCAACCACGACAACAAGUACCUGGAUGUUUGCAAGCACUACCGCGAAGUCCUGGACACCGAGGCGGUUGAGAACAACCCCGAGCAACUUCGCGCAUCUCUUGCGCGCAUUGUUUACUAUAUUGUUCUGUCUCCUUACGACAACGAGCAGUCAGACCUUCUGCACCGCAUCCAACAAGACUCCCGACUGUCACAGGUCCCCGAGGAAGCCCGAUUGGUGAAACUCUUCACUAUUCCCGAGCUGAUGCGCUGGCCUAUGGUCGCGGAGCAGUUCGGCCCUCACCUGUGCGGUACCGAUGUGUUUGAUUCCCAGACCCAACAGUCGUCCGAGAACCAGGCGAACCGUAGAUGGCAAGACCUGCGGAAGCGAGUCAUUGAGCACAAUGUGCGGGUGGUUGCCAAGUACUACACCCGGAUCCAGAUGGGCCGUUUGACCCAGCUUCUGGAUCUGACCGAGGAGGAGACGGAGAAAUAUAUCAGCGAGCUGGUUACAUUGAAGACCAUCUACGCCAAAAUUGACCGACCUGCCCGGCUUGUCAACUUCGCUAAGCCUCGCGAUGCUGAUGAUGUACUCAACGAGUGGAGCAGCGAUAUGAAGAGCCUUCUUGGUCAUCUGGAGCGCAUUGAUCACUUGAUCACCAAGGAAGAGAUGAUGGCUCGCAUUCAGCCGACUCGUGGCAAGGAGACCAAGGCCCGUUAA